GCAGAGGGGCUCCAGAAUCCUGGAAUGGUUUGGGUUGGAAGGGAUUGUAAAUCCCACUGAUUCCAACUCCCUGCCGUGGCCAGGAACACCUUCCACUUAGCAGGUUGCUCCACGCCCUGUCCAGCCUGGCCUUGGACUCUUCCAGGCAUCUGUGCCAGCUCCCAGAGCUGCUUGAUUCCCUGAUCCAGAGGUUAUUCAGGAAUCAGACCCCACCACAGAUCAGUUGGGCACCGGGUGUCCCCAUGUCAUGGCAAACUGUGGGGCUGCCUCCAGGGAAUGCCAGCCUGCUGGAGACAGGGGCCUUUAAAGGCUUUUUCCAGGAUGUGGGAAGGAUUGUGCCGAGGGUCUGGGAUUGCAGGAGGUGAAAUUCCCUCUGUGCGUGGAGGGUCAGGUGUGCAGGUGCUGCUGGAGGGGGACGGUGGUGCUGCAGGUGCCAGGCAGGAAUUUGGGGUGUGGGCCUGGCAGAGCAGUGAGGCUUGGGGACAUGGCAGUGAGGCUUGGGGACACGGCGGCUGGCUGAUGUGCCGGGUGCCCAGCGCUCUCCACGGUGGCUCCUUGGGGCAGGGGAUCUUUAGGGCUGGGAUCCUCAGGGCUGGGAUCUUUAGGGCUGGGAUCUUUAGGGCUGGGAUCCUCAGGGCUGGGAUCUUUAGGGCAGGGAUCCUCAGGGCUGGGAUCUUUAGGGCUGGGAUCUUUAGGGCUGGGAUCCUCAGGGCUGGGAUCUUUAGGGCUGGGAUCUUUAGGGCUGGGAUCCUCAGGGCUGGGAUCUUUAGGGCUGGGAUCCUCAGGGCUGGGAUCUUUAGGGCUGGGAUCUUUAGGGCAGGGAUCCUCAGGGCUGGGAUCUUUAGGGCUGGGAUCUUUAGGGCUGGGAUCUUUAGGGCUGGGAUCCUCAGGGCUGGGAUCUUUAGGGCAGGGAUCCUCAGGGCUGGGAUCUUUAGGGCUGGGAUCUUUAGGGCAGGGAUCCUCAGGGCAGAGAUGCUCAGGGCAGGGGGUCUCCGAGGCCGUGGUGGUCUCUGCACACCCUCAGCCGUGCAGGGGUGCCCUGAGCUCCUGGGAAUCCCCCCGUGUUGGCAGGAGGCGCUGGAUGGGAGCGCGGCAGGAUGGACGCGGCCCUGCAGCUGUCCGUGUGUCCAUCUGUCCGUCCGUCAGGCUCAGUUCCGCCCGUGUGUCCAUCUGUCCGUGCCCGGGGCUGUGCCCGGCGGUCCCGGCGGGGGCGGGUCGGCCCCGGAGCCGUCUGGACCCGCCGGCCGUGCCGGGGGUGCUGAGCCGCUGCAGACCCCCUUCCCGGGAGCGGCACCGCCGUGCCCAUCCUCGCUCGCCAUCCCGCUCAUCCCAUCGCCAUCCGCGGCUCGAGCGGCGCCCGCCGGCGCGGCCCCUCCGCGGUGAUGUCACGAGCCACCGGGGCGGUGGUUGGAGCCACCGCCGAGCGGGGACGAGCGGCCGCGGCCGGGGGGCUGCGCUGGACCCCCUGAGCCCCCGCCGAGCCCCCGCCGAGCCCUGCCGACCCCCCCGGCCCCCUCCCGAGCCCCCCGCAGGACCCGGCGGCGGCCGCGGCCAUUUGCCGUGUCCGGCCGCGCUGACCCGCUGCUCCGGCUGCUCCCGCUCCGGCCGCUCCUCCGCCGCGAUGAGACAGGCCCCGGCCACCCGCAAGACCAGCACCCGCCGGCCCAAGCCCACCCGCACCCCCACGGCCGGCGGGGCCGGGCCCUCGGGCUCAGCCUCGGCCUCGGGGGGGGAGAUGAGCAGCAGCGAGCCCGGGACCCCCGCCCAGACCCCGCUGGUGGCCCCCGUGAUCCCCACGCCCGGCCUGCCCUCCCCGGGGGCACCCCCCGUGCCCUCGCCCACCAAGGAGGAGGAGAAUCUCCGUGCCCAGGUCAGGGACCUGGAGGAGAAGCUGGAGACACUGAAGAUCAAACGGAAUGAGGACAAGGCAAAGCUCAAAGAGCUGGAGAAGUACAAGAUCCAGCUGGAGCAGGUGCAGGAAUGGAAGAGCAAAAUGCAGGAGCAGCAGGCCGACCUCCAGAAGCGCCUGAAGGAGGCCAAGAAGGAGGCCAAGGAUGCCCUGGAGGCCAAGGAGCGGUACAUGGAGGAGAUGGCGGACACGGCCGACGCCAUCGAGAUGGCCACGCUGGACAAGGAGAUGGCCGAGGAACGCGCCGAGUCCCUGCAGCAGGAGGUGGACUCCCUCAAGGAGAAGGUGGAAUAUCUCACCAUGGACCUGGAGAUCCUCAAGCACGAGAUCGAGGAGAAAGGCUCUGAUGGAGCAGCAUCCAGCUACCAGGUCAAACAGCUGGAGGAGCAGAACGCCCGGCUCAAGGAGGCCCUGGUCAGGAUGAGGGACCUGUCGGCCUCGGAGAAGCAGGAGCACGUGAAGCUGCAGAAGCAGAUGGAGAAGAAGAACACGGAGCUGGAGUCGCUGCGGCAGCAGCGGGAGAAGCUGCAGGAGGAGGUGAAGCAGGCGGAGAAGAUGGUGGAUGAGCUGAAGGAGCAGGUGGAUGCAGCUCUGGGUGCCGAGGAGAUGGUGGAGACUCUGACGGAGAGAAACCUGGACCUGGAGGAGAAGGUCCGGGAGCUGCGUGAGACCGUCGGGGACCUGGAGGCCAUGAACGAGAUGAACGACGAGCUGCAGGAGAACGCGCGGGAGACGGAGCUGGAGCUGCGGGAGCAGCUGGACAUGGCCACGGGCCGCGUGCGCGAGGCCGAGAAGCGCGUGGAGGCGGCACAGGAGACCGUGGCCGACUACCAGCAGACCAUCAAGAAGUACCGGGAGCUCACGGCUCACCUCCAGGACGUGAACCGGGAGCUCAUGAGCCAGCAGGAAGCGUCUGCGGAGAAGCAGCAGCAGCCGCCCCCCGAGAUGUUCGACUUCAAGAUCAAGUUUGCGGAGACGAAAGCCCACGCCAAGGCCAUCGAGAUGGAGCUGCGGCAGAUGGAAGUGCAGCAGGCGAACCGCCACGUGUCCCUCCUCACCUCCUUCAUGCCCGACAGCUUCCUGCGGCACGGCGGGGACCACGACUGCGUCCUGGUGCUGCUGCUCAUCCCCCGCCUCAUCUGCAAGGCGGAGCUGAUCAGCAAACAGGCCCAGGAGAGGUUCGAGCUGAGCGAGAGCUGCGCGGAGCGCGCGGGGCUGCGCGGGGCCGCGGGGGAGCAGCUCAGCUUCGCCGCCGGGCUCGUGUACUCCCUGAGCCUGCUCCAGGCCACGCUCCACAAAUACGAGCAGGCCCUCAACAAGUGCAGUGUGGAGGUGUACAAGAAGGUGGGCACCCUGUACCCCGAGAUGAGCGUCCACGAGCGCUCCCUGGACUUCCUGAUCGAGCUGCUCCACAAGGACCAGCUGGACGAGACCGUCAACGUGGAGCCGCUCACCAAAGCCAUCAAGUACUACCAGCACCUGUACAGCAUCCACCUGGCUGACCAGGCUGAGGACUGCACCCUGCAGCUGGCUGACCACAUCAAGUUCACCCAGAGUGCCUUGGACUGCAUGGGGGUGGAGGUGUGUCGGCUCCGGGCCUUCCUCCAGGCCGGGCAGGAGGCAGCAGACCUGGCCAUCCUGCUCAAGGACCUGGAGACGUCCUGCAGCGACAUCCGCCAGUUCUGCAAGAAGAUCCGUCGCCGGAUGCCGGGCACGGAUGCGCCGGGAAUUCCCGCGGCCCUGGGCUUUGGAACACAGGUGUCGGACACGCUGCUGGAGUGCCGCAAGCACCUCACCUGGGUGGUGGCCGUGCUGCAGGAGGUGGCCGCAGCCGGGGCCCAGCUCAUCGCGCCCCUGGCCGAGACCGAGGGGCUGCCGGCCCCCCGCCUGGAGGAGCUGGCCUUCAAAGUCAGCGAGCAGAUCUAUGGCUCGCCAGGGAUCAAUCCCUAUGAGUGCCUGAGGCAGUCCUGCAGCAUCCUCAUGGCCACCAUGAACAAGAUGGCCACGGCCAUGCAGGAGGGCGAGUACGACGCCGACCGCCCGCAGAACAAGCCCACGCCCCCGGCAGAGCUCCGGGCAGCCGCGCUCCGGGCCGAGAUCACGGACGCCGAGGGGCUGGGGCUGAAGCUGGAGGACAGGGAGACGGUCAUCAAGGAGCUGAAGAAGUCCCUCAAGAUCAAGGGCGAGGAGCUCAGCGAGGCCAACGUGCGGCUUAGCCUUCUGGAGAAGAAGCUGGACAGCGCAUCCAAGGAUGCAGAUGAUCGUGUGGAAAAGAUCCAGACGAAGCUGGAUGAGACCCAGACACUGCUCAAAAAGAAGGAGAAGGAGUUUGAGGAGACCAUGGACGCUCUCCAGGCCGACAUCGACCAGCUGGAGUCGGAGAAGGUGGAGCUGAAGCAGCGGCUGAACAACCAGUCCAAGCGGACGAUCGAGGGGCUCCGGGGGGGCCCGGCCUCGGGCGUCGCCUCCAUCGUGUCCGGCAUCGCCGGCGAGGAACAGCAGCGAGGUGUGGGUGCCGGGCAGGUGCCGGGGGGCGGCUCCGGCCCCGUGCAGGUGAAGGACUCUCCGCUGCUGCUGCAGCAGAUCGACGCCCUGCAGCUCUCCCUGAAGCACCUCAAGAACGAGAACAACAUGCUCAAGGGUGCCCAGAUGAAGAUGGAGCUGGCCAGCCUGGCCCCGCUGCAGGUGCCGCGGGUGGCCCUGCCCCGGGAGCGCCCCGGGGAGGGGCUGCCCACGCAGACCCUGUUCCGCAAGACCACCCAGCUCCUGGAGACCCUGUACCAGCUCAGCGCCAACGCCAAGGUGCUGGACAUGAGGCAGAACAAGUCCACCCGCAGUUCCUCGGCGCGCCUCCUGGAGCAGACAGCUCGGCUCUGCGCCCUCAAGAACACCAUCGAUGCCCUGAAGGAUGACACGCUGAGGGAGAUGGUGCAGCAGCAGCCGGGCGCCGGAGUCAGCACCACCUUCGGCACCUUCCCCUCCUCCUCCUUCCUCAAGGCCAAGCAGGAGCAGGCGCAGGGCCCGGCGCUGUGCGGGCGGGUGUCGUUCCCGUGCCCCCCGGGGCAGGGCCAGGCGCACCGGCUGCUGCUCACCCCGGACCUGCUGCAGCACCUCCGACAACACUUCGUCGCCUGAGAGUCCCCCGGAACGGGAUGAGGGUCCCCUGCGCCCCCCCUCCGCCCCCCGGGGACCCCCCACUGCCUCCCCCGGCCCCACUCGCGGGUGGAGCUC